AGAACAUAGUGACCUUGGUCUCUGCUUUGCGUCAACAUGGCUAGAGAUCUACUUAGCAGCGAUGGAUCUGACAGUGAGGACGGAGGUGCGCGAGUCAAGCCGACGGACCUCAAAGUCAAUGAAUCUUUCGCUCGCCGCUUCGAACACAACAAGAAACGAGAGGAACUGCAGAGAUUGCAAGAAAAACUGGGCAAUACCUCGCGCAAGCGUAAAAGAGGCGACGAAACCGCUAGCGAAAAUGAGUCCUCCAACGAGUCCACGAGCGAGUCUGAAGAUGAAGGAGAGCUGGCUACAGAGGCUUUGGAUUCUGAAAUUAUGGCUACCAUAAAUGCAAUCCGUUCAAAAGAUCCCCGUGUCUACGAUGAAACCGCCAAAUUCUACACUGGGCAUGACUCAACUCAGCCGUUCGACUCGAAGCCAAAGAAGGAGAAGCCAAUGCACCUUCAAGACUACCACCGGCAGAACCUGAUGAACGGGGUCAUUGACGGCGAAGAGAACGACUCUGCCCCAUUGACAUACAAUCAAGAGCAGGAGCAGUUGAAGAAGUCCAUUAUUGGAGAAAUCAAUGCCGCUGCGGCAGACUCGGAAGAAGAAAUAGACGACGACGAGGUAGAAGAGGACAAGUUCCUGGUUGCCAAACCGAGGGAGAAACUAUCCAGACCCCAAGUCAUUCUUGACGUCGAUAACGCCGACAAAGACCCUGAAUCAUACCUGUCCAAUUUCAUGGUCUCCAGAGCAUGGACUGCUUCCGACUCCAACCUGCAUCCGUUCGAAUCCGAUGACGAGGAUGAAGAGAGGAGAGCAGAGGAGUUUGAAGAGGCAUACAACCUCCGCUUUGAAGACCCUGCUAAAUCGAACGAAAAGUUACGUUCUCAUGCAAGAGAUGUCGCAGCCAAAUACUCCGUCAGAAGAGAAGAGGCAAAUCCAAGACAGAAGAAGCGAGAAGCUGAGAAGGCCAAGAAAGAAGCCGAAAAGCAGCAGCGUAAGGAAGAGAAGGCGCGCCUCCGGAAGCUGAAGAUUGAGGAGCUCGAUGAGAAGGUGAAGAGAAUAAAACGUGCCGCUGGAAUCAGCACAAAGGACAUUCAGCCAGAUGACUGGUCUCACCUCGUGGAUGACGAUUGGGACGAUGCUCAGUGGGAAGAAGAAAUGCAGAAACGCUUCGGUGAUGAAUAUUAUGCCCAGCAGGAAGUAGAGAGUGAAGAUGAACCAGGAGGGUCAAAGCGAAAAAUCCGCAAGCCCAAAUUCGACGAUGACAUUGACAUCCACGACAUUGUCCCAGAUUUCAAAGAAGACGAGAACCCCGAUUUCAGUCUAUCAGACGAAGGCCAGCCCGCACGGAAAAAGAAGAAGGAUAAUAAGUCGAAAGAGGAAAAGAAGCGGGACGCAAACAGGGAGAGAAGGAUCAUCGAACAAUUGGUGGACGAUCAGCUUCAAUUCGAACUGGAAAGCUCUCUGCCCAAAAAGGUUGGCUUCAGAUAUCGCGAGACAUCCCCAAAGACUUUCGGCUUGACUGCACGGGAUAUCCUCUUGGCUGACGACAAGCAAUUGAACGAGUUUGCAGGUCUCAAAAAGCUCGCGUCAUUCCGAGAUCCGGAGAGGAAGCGGAAGGAUAUGAAGCACCUGGGAAAGAAAGCAAGACUGAGGAAAUGGCGUCUGGAAACCUUCGGCAAGGAAGAAGGGGUAGAAGCAAGUGAGCUGGUCCCGAGGCAGCCUGACGUGGAAGAGAAACCAGAGGCCGAAGAGGGCGCUGUUGAUAUUAGAACUGAAGGCAAGAAAAAGAAGAAGCGAAGAAGGAGCCAGAAGAACAAGGUUGAAGCUGAUGCGGUGGGUUGAGUUGCACAAAACAUCGCGAAGCAACAUCUACUUGAGGCUGAGCGCUCAAUUGUACUGCGUCAACAAGCAUGAGUUGUAUCCUAAUGGCGAGGAAGCCUGGGCAGUACGAAUAGAGGCUGCCGAUGUCUUGGGCAUGCCGCUCGUUCAGAGGCACAGUGUACACAGCCUUGACGGUAUCCUGUGAUCCCCAUGCAACCCCGAGUACGAGUACGAGAGCACGAAAGAUAUUUCUGCAUGAUCGUCGGCGCCCAGAAGGACGUGC